CCUACAUUCAACACUGUUUUCAACAAAAAGCAAUUCAAUAUCAAAUAGCAAUAUUUCUUUUAGAAAAAAAGUUCGUUUUGCUUCAGAUGAUCUUGAUCGGACUACAUCAAACUACCUGAUAGAGACUAUGGAUCAUACCACACAAUAUCCUGAGCUUGGUAGUCUUUUACAAAAGUAUCGUUCAUCAUUAAGACAACUUCACAAUAUACAACAUUCUGCAUCCAAUAUUGAAGACUCUACUUCUUUGGUAUUUGAACACUUGUCAGUUGGCUCUCCUAUCAUCGAAACAAUUCAACAAACAUGUGGUGAUGGUACUACUGUUACUCUUGAUCACGAAAUACUACGACAACAACAUAUUGAAGAAGAUGUUAGUAGGCUUGAACGCUCUCUAUGUCGACUCUCUGGUGAUAUCAAUUCUCUUCUUUACAAAUAUUUAUACACAAGCAAAAUGGCGAAAAUGGAUAUUCAGGCUUGGUUGGAUGAUAGAUUAUGGUCUCUGAAUAUGCGAACGAAUAUUAUGUCAAGUCAAAAGCAACAACAAGGGUCAGAUAUAUCUAUAUUGGUCUCGAAGGAUAGAAUGACUGAAUCUUACAAGAAUGAUAUGACAACUUUAUCACGAGUUCUGAACACACUCUUCUCAGCUGAACGGUCUUUGGAAAAUAAUGAUAUAUCUGUGGUUCAACUUGACGAUGGAAACAAUAACAAUGUGACUGAAGGUAUGUUGGAAGAUGAUAGUAUGUUUCUGGAUCAACUACAUACUUGGAUACUCAAUGUGGCCUCUGUUUAUUUGAAGUACGCUGAUUUACAAGAUUACAAGUAUCUCUUAUUACAUCUUAUGCAAUCAACGAACUCAACAGAAUGGGGAGUGACAAUGAUUCAAUAUAUUCCUGAUACGAAAAAUAUAUUGGUGUUUAUGGUCGAAUUCGUUGCGGCUCUCCAACAUAUUUUCUCCAAUUUUACAACAUCAUCCUGGAUGGAGGACGACUACAUCAACUGUUUGGAACAAUUAGAUAUACCUUUUGUAUAUAUGACAUUUGUGAAGUCUAUAUUUCAACAAAAUCAUCCUUUGGACGAUACCUUUAUUACUUGCUCGACCGAAUGUUUUGAUUUAUCCAGUAGAUUGGUUGAUACACUUAUAUUUGGCAUACAAACAGCUUCCAGCAAAAAAUAUUCCAGCUUGACGAAACGUUUGACUCAACAAGUAUCUCAGAUCUCUAUUAUAUUGACGACAGAACUGAAAAAGAAUGAAUCUUGGUCUCAACAAUGUCAUUCAGAACGUGAUGAUUUUGUUCUCCAAAUUGUCUCUGGUCUUCUUGCUGUCCCAGACCCACAUGUUUGGCAUUUUUUACCAUCAUUACCUUUUGAAGUAGUCUCCAUUCCGACUCUAUGGGAAAUCGUUAUCAAGAUACUUAGAAUUACAGAUUAUGCAGAACCAUCCAACAUCAGAUCGGUGAUCAAUCAACCUCCUACUAUCGACUCAUUCAUUCAACAAUUGAAAGAAAAUCAAACUCAAGGUGUUUUUAUGAUUAGCUGUCUUACCAACAUGGCGAUAUCUAUACCAGCUGGUGUCAAUAUUCUAUCUCCAACAAAUUCAAAUUGGUCUACGCUUGGAACUUCCUUGGUUUCUAUUAUUGGUUAUGCACUUUUUACGAUAGCUUUUGUGGAUCAAGAUUUGGGUCAAAUUUAUUAUAAAGAUGUUCGAGACAAUUUUGGCACGAUAUGUUCAGUUCAUCCUUUUGUGAUUUCUCUACUUCUUCGUUGGACAUGUGAUUAUCAUGCUACUAUGGAAAAUAUGGCCCUCUACCUUUUUCGGUCUCUACCUAUUAGUGAAUGGGAAAUCCUCAAGGAAGACUUGGUACUAUUACAUCAAUUAUUACGACAAUCUGAACUAUCAACAUGGAUUACAUUUGCACAAUACGUUAUUGGUCAUCUCAAUCUCGGCUACCGUCAACCUGAAUCAACAACUUCUUGGGAUACUUUUCAUACUUCACAUCCUUGGUGUCGCAAAUCAAAACAACCAUUUCUAUCUUUUGCUACUCACGAAGAAUUGGCCUUCAUCUUAUUGGAUGCUUGUCAAAAAUAUCAACCAAUACAUGAAUUCGACAAGUAUAUGGCGGAAGGAAACACUACAGUAUUUCAAUCAACGGAAAAAAAGGGAAGUUUGCCAUUAUUUGGAUCAGCAUCACCAUCAAUGAUAUCUUCACCAGGUCCAGAAAAUACGAAAACGCUAUCACAUUUGGAGUUCCUUGAUUGGUGUUGGCUCAUUAUACAACGAUUACAACUCUAUCAUGGUCCAUUAUCUUCCAGGGCAUCUGAUAUCGACAAAUGCAUCAAUCUUCCUUUUUUACGUGAACUAUUGAACCAUCCAUCUGAUAUUACUGCUUCUCAUGGAGCGUUAUUUACCUAUGUGGCGUUUUUACUUUCUCCUACUAGUCGACAUUUUUUGCGAUUUGAAUCUAAUCAUGGAUGGAUGAAACUACUCUUUAUAUUACGACGUGGACGGUGUACUGCUGCCAUUGAUAUUCUUAGUGAAAUCGUACCAGCUUUUGUUUAUCUUCAUGGUGAUGACUUUUUUACAGGUGAUAAUAGUCUGGUGGAUUAUUUGCAAAACAUGGUAGAACACAAGAAGGAUCCAAUGCUCCGGUUGGCUGCUCAAGAUCAUCUUAUAGCACAGAAGAACAGCUUUUUAUCAAGUAAGAGGACAAUGAUCAAUGGGAAAAUGAUGAAGUGGACAAACGACUUUUGGUAUCCAAAACAACGACCAAGUGGUAUUGCAAUGAUUAUCGGAUCUCAUGCCUGGCACUGUCAAUUUAUUGAUACAAUUAGCGAUCUGGAUGGUUUCUCCUACCUGACUCUUAUAUUACAUUCAUGGCUCAAUACAAUAUUCCGCAAAGAAGAUUGGAUGUGGAAUGAACAGUAUGUGGAUAUUGUUGAUGAUAUUUGUCAUAUUGGUUAUUGUUUGGAUCGACAAUCUUUGAUAUUUGAAAUGCUGCGAAAACAAAUGGAAAGACUGGAACAACUGAGAUCUUCUUCUCCUUUAUCAAUAACUAGUUCUCCAAAGAUGACACCGUUUGCUAGCAAUCCACGAAAUGCCUUCAAAUGCUUUAAGAAUAUGCUUCCUGAUACCACUUAUCCAACUCUUCUUACUGGAGAAUGGUCAAUGAUUUCCCUGACGACAAGCAAUAUUUUCAAGACGCCUGGUGUUGAACCCAAUUCACUUUGGUUUGCUUUUGAUGUUUUACUAUUAGAAGCUGAAAUGGAGAAAGAUGGACGUUAUCAUCUUGCACAGCUUUUAUCGAAACCUCUUUCACCAUCUUUAUCGUCAUCGUCGUCAUCAUCAACAUCAUCAUCAUCAACGUCAACAUUAGUAACAUCAUCAGCAUCAGUAUCAGCAUCGGCAGCAACUUUUACAUCUAUUUCAAGACACCCAUCAACCUCAACUUCAACAACAUUAUCAUCAGCAACUACAACAACUUUAUCUUCACAAUUUAAAUCAUCAAACCUCGACAAUGAAUUCAAAAGCUUCAUAUCUCAGAGCAAGAAACCAAUUGAAUUUUAUUGUAUAUAUCGGACUCUUCAGCAUAUACUAGUAGCACCUUUGGAUCAUCCGUUGACACCUCUCUUGCUCCAGCUCUUCUUUUGUCUUUAUUUUGCAAACGUUUGUAUCGUGGACGAUAAUGGAAUAUCAAGGAAUCUAUUCUAUGGUGCCAUCUUUUUUAUUAAGAAGCAAGAUCAAUUAGCUAAACUACGCGAUCGUAUUGCUACCUUACAAACAUAUCACGGUCAAAUGGGGUUGACAUCACCAGCAAAAUCACCACCAUCAGCGGUAAAGGAAGAUAGACAUUUGAUAACUGCACAACAUGACGAACAACAUAAUCAUCACCAUCAACAGCAGCAGAAACAUCAUGAACAACUACGUCAAGUUUAUUAUGCAAUGUGGUUAUGGCUUGGGAACGACAAACUGAUCCUCACAGAUGAUGAAAGAAAAGAUACUAUCGAAUUUGCUGAUCAUUUUUGUCCUGAUCGACUAGCUGAAUGCCGGAAAAGUACAAAAAUGGAUCAAUGGGAACAACAUCAGCCUUGGAUGAAGCACGAAGCAUUAUGGUACGAUCUUAUAGAACACAACAAGAUGAAAUCAGACUUUGACACUUAUUGUUGGGUGGACUCGGAAAAGAGCUUCUUGGACAGUUAGAUUUAGAACUCCUUUUUCCAAUAAAAAUUUUAUCUAGAUUUUUUUUUUUCUUCCUC